GAUUAAUCAUUUUCUUUUUCUAUAGGAUACACAAUCUUCUCACUGCGAGAGGCACGUCUGAUAUACUCAGCAGUGAACCUCUACUUAGAAGAUCAGUCAAAUUGUUUAGGAAGCAUACUUGAUUCGUCGUUUGCUGACCACGAGAAAGCAAUAUUGGAAAAUCCUUCCCUAUAGCAGUACAAUUCAGCAGUGCAGACCAGCGGCCAUGGCUUUUCAACCAACUCCUGCGGAUAUCUCCGUCAUCAUCACUACGCCCGCCGCGGGCUCCAGCGCCGAGCCACGCUUCUUAACGGAGCGCCGAGUUACUCCAACAUGGACCAUCGUGCAGCUGAAGAGCAAGCUCGAAACCAUGACUGGUGUUCCCCCGAGCUGUCAGCGGCUCUGCCUCAAGUCACCCGGGGGUCCAGACCAGUGGCUUGAAGGCGACGAUAGUACUAUUGGUCAAUGGGGUUUGAUGAAAGGUUGUGAAAUAGAGGUCCAUGAUUCUCGCCCUCGAUCCACGCGGCCUAACUUCACAGAUUUGUCGUCCGUCGAUAAAUAUGUUUUGCCGACAUCCACAUACGAAGCGCUCCCGAAUUCGGUUUUGGCGUGGAAAAAGAAUCAGAAGCUCGGUCGAUUCGAUCCCAGUACUGUAUCACCCGAAGAAGCUAUGCGCAGCCAAGCUUCGAAAGACAUAGGAGAGAUUGAACAAAGAGGCAUUGCUGUCAACAAGCGCGCCAUUGUCCUCCCUUCAUCGCCGCCACAUGUUCGACGCGGCACUAUCCGCUUCGUUGGGCCAGUCCCAACAAUCCCCAUCCCUGGAGUGGAGCCUAACCUGGCAGAAACCGACCCUACUGCUUGUCCAGUAUGGGUCGGGAUCGAGCUUGAUGAGCCACUGGGUAAAAAUGACGGUAGCAUUGGCGGAAAGAGCUACUUUGUCUGCCCGAACAAGACGGGCGUCUUUGUGAAACCCGAGAAGGUGAAAAUUGGAGACUUCCCGCCCUUGGGUCUGGAUGACUGGGACGAUGAGAUGGAGGAAAUCUAGCAGAUGUUUUCCCAUUCCCUUCAUAUUGCAAUACAAAUCUGCAC